AUGCCCACAGGAAGCCGAAGAACCUCAGUCUGCACAAUCAAGUACCGAGGAAACAACUGGAAUUUGAUUGUUCCAUCUGUCUUUACGCCCGCUGGUCCGGAACUGAUCGCUCAACGCAAAAAAUAUAAGCCAGCGCGUUUCAUCGAACGCGUCCUAGCCGAAACUAGCACGCAGGAGGAAAGAAAACGCUAUCCACAAUAUAAGGCGACAUGUACUGUUCGCCAGGCUAUCAUUCAGCGUCUAGAAGAAGCCCGAAAAGAUCCACGGAUACAUUUUACCUGCCCCGAACUCAGCAUCCUCCUCCAUAUUUUCUUCCAUUUAACAAACGGGCAAAUUCGAGAUAUGCGAAAAGACGAACUGAAAGAUUUCCUUGCCUCUAAUUUCUCCAUGACUGGUCAGGACUUACUUCAAGGUCUCUGGAGUGCCGCGCGAAUGCUGCGCUAUGGUCGGCCAUCCGUGGCCGCCGCCGCCGCAAUAACCGCUUAUGACUUCAUCCUUCUUCUAUCCUGCCUGCUUCGUGGCUCCUUCUCUGAACGGGCAACAAUGUCCUUCUAUGUCCUCGAUAUUGACGGAGACGGUCGACUUCGCACAAACGUGGAGUUUUCUCGCUUUCUCGCCGAUUCAUUCAGUUAUGCGCAACCAGGGUCUAGUGACUCAGUGUACCCUGAGGAGUACACUAGGGAGGCCGUCGAGUAUCUGGCUUCAAAGGCAUCCAUUGGUAUUGGUGGUGGAAUCGGCCUCACACGAUUUCUGCAACUUUGUUAUGCUAACCCGUGGAUGGUUGACGCACUGUUGCCCUGUAUACCCCGAGACGUUGACAACAUAGCCUUCCAAAAGCUGUUUACCAAAACUAUAAUGACUCCAAUGCACGGGGAAAAUCCAGGGAGUGCCCCUUCGGUCUUCAUUAAGUUCGAAUAG